AUGAUGAAAUUCGUAUCGCUGUUCAACAUCGACUUAUGCUUGCUUCCAUGUAAGAGUUCAAUACAUAUACAUGGACGUUUAACUAAACCCAGUGGAGAAGCUGUUACUCACACGAGAUUAGUGAAUUGUGCUAUUCUUCACUUGUUUGAGGAGAUACGUUAUGAACUCAAUGCUAUUGAGAUUGAUAAAAGUAAGAACGUUGGUAUCACAACACUUAUGAAAUGUUUGAUAUCACAAACUCCAAGUCAAGCUGCUUUAAUGGAAAAUGCUGGUUGGACACUCAAAAAUUAUGAAUCUAUGAUCAUUGAUGAUGAUGGUUAUUUUGAUAUUUCCAUUCCAUUGAGUAUGGUAUUGGGGUUCGCUGAAGAUUAUGGACGAAUCAUCGUCAACGCUAAGCAUGAGUUAGUCCUCACAAGAGGAAAUACUGAUGUGAAUGCAAUUAUCCAGCAACCAGCGGCGGGAGUUGCAGCUGAAACAUUCAAACUCUCUCUCGAUAGGAUAGAGUGGAUGAUUCCCUAUAUCAAAGUAGCUGAUUCUAGGAAAAUCAAUUUGUUGAAUUACAUCUCUAAGGAUGCACCUAUUCCGAUCAGUUUUCGAGCUUGGGAAUUAUAUGAGUACCCACUUUUACCAGGUACCUCUAAACAUGUCUGGGUGGUGAAAUGUUCAACACAACUGGAGAAACCUCGAUAUGUCAUUGUGGGAUUUCAAACUAACCGCAAAAAUCAAGCUAAUAAAAAUGCUAGCCGUUUCGAUCAUUGCAAUAUUCGUGAUAUAAAGCUCUUCCUCAAUUCACAAAGUUAUCCCUAUGGUAAUUUGAAUCUUGAUAUCCCUCAUAAUCAAUACGCUUUGCUUUAUGAUGUAUACACUAGUUUCCAGAAUUCUUACUAUGGUAAACAGGCUGAGCCGCUUUUAAGUCGAGCCGAUUUCCUAAUAUAUGCCCCGGUCAUUGUUAUUGAUUGUUCAAAGCAGAAUGAAUAUCUCAAAUCUGGACCGGUAGAUAUUCGUCUUGAGUUCGAAUCAGCUAAUAAUUUUCCGGCACAAACGGCAGCCUAUUGUUUAAUUUUGCAUGAUCGUAUAAUUGAGUAA